AUGCACUACCAUCCACACGUGCCCCGUGCCCCGUCUCCAUUUAUCCAUAUCAGACGACAUGGGGACUCGAGCGAUGACGACUUUGGCGACGCCCCAGCUCCCAGACACGCUGGGAUGGGAAAGCGAAGCAUCGAUCAAAUAAUCGAACACGCCUUUGAAGACAGGCUCACGUCCAAGAAGAUGGCCAAGACCCUCGUCCUGACCUGUAAGAGCCCAAAUGUGGAGUACCAAUGUGAGCUCUGGCACGCCCGCCUCACGGCCUUCCAAAAAGACAGCCUUGGUUAUACAGACUUCCAGCAUCACACAAGUCCCGAGUGCAUUAUCAGAGCCUCUAUUUUCUACUUUCCAGGUUUUGGACUCACUGAACAUGAGCGGGCCCGGAUCCAGUCAACUAUGCACGCCCUUAUCCGAGAUGGGGUUUUGACCACUGAAGCAAAAACCGAGAAACAGUGGGUAGGCUCGGCUAUUGUUCAGCAGCUGGUUGAAUCUAUGUACGACAGCGGACUGCGCGAGGGUGUACGUGACUGGGAUGUCAUGCUUGUUGGAGGUCACAGGCUUGAACAUUUGGUUAUGUCUCUCAGGAUGCGGAAUGAGAAAAGAGCAAAGAACCAGGCCUUUGACGGACCAACGAAACGAUUCGGGAGUGUCGACAAGAAGGGGCUUCUACUGAUGUGUCCGAUCAAGGUUGUACUCGUCAUGGCGCUACACACUGGCAUGGUCCAAGCGACGUCGGUAGACGACCUUUUGCAACAGACUGCAUCGCGUCAAGACAAGACCGUUCAAUGGGCCGCCCCCACAAGGCACGCCUUAUGUGCAUUCUCUGGUAAUGGCGGUAGGCUACUGUUAGACACAGCUGCAAACUCUCGCCAGCUUGGAACAAUUCCAAACGAGGCCGCCAAUCAGGCUGGCAUCACUGUCCACACCACGCCACAUGACUUGUGCAGAGGGACGGCUCAGGACAUGGUCAACACCCCCAUCCAGGGUGUACAUGAGCGUACUUCACUGGGCACACGCACAGAGCGGGCUUGA